AGUAAAGACAUUCCUAGUGGGCCGAGCAGGCAGUGCGUAGAACUGUGUCUGGCUGUGUGUGAGUGAAUUUGAGUGUGUGCGCUGCAUCCGGUGCAGCGAUAUCGAAGUAACAACACCAAAAAAACAUUAUGACGAGACACAGUUCUGUCAGCAGCAGAAUGAGGGGAACCGUUGCCGUCGGUUUCCUUCCAAUUGUUUGCCUCCUCAUGACGGUGGCAUCAGUGGAAGCCUUCUACCUUCCCGGGUUGGCACCGGUGAACUAUUGUCGCAAAUCAGAGAUGCAAAAAUCGUGCAAGUCCGAGGUAACAUUGUAUGUGAAUCGACUAAAUACGGAGGAAUCGGUAAUUCCGUACGAGUAUCAUCACUUCGAUUUUUGUCCAAUCGAUGAAGCAAACUCACCGGUAGAAAAUCUCGGCCAGGUAGUGUUUGGCGAACGCAUCCGACCUGGGCCGUACAAAAUUCAAUUCCUCGAGGACGUGAAGUGUGCGAAAGCAUGCGUAAAACACUACAAGGGUGGUGAUCCGGACAGUGAUCAUCGGUUGAUGGUGUUGAAGAAGGGUAUGAGUUUAAACUAUCAGCACCAUUGGAUAGUAGAUAACAUGCCUGUUACCUGGUGCUAUCCGUUGGAAAACGAGCGCCAAUACUGCAGUACCGGAUUCCCGAUGGGAUGUCUCGUACGCCGACAUCCGGACGGGGAAGAAGGCUGCAUUACCAAUCCUAAUUAUAAUCGUGCCGGGUAUUAUUAUCCGUUCAACCACGUCGAUCUGACCAUAACGUACCACAGCGGUGCUACCGAGGAGUGGGGUGUCGCGUUUAAGCAGAAUGGUGGGCGUAUCAUCUCGGUAAAGGUGGUUCCAUCGUCCAUUAAUCACAAAGACCCGAACGAGCUGAACUGCGACAGUAAGGAACCGAUCGAGAUUCAAUCCAGCGCACUACCGAACGGUCAAACGCUGGACAUUGUCUACACGUACUCGGUACACUUUACGCAGAACAACAAAAUUAAGUGGUCCUCACGGUGGGAUUACAUUCUCGAGUCGAUGCCGCACACCAAUAUCCAGUGGUUUAGCAUUUUAAACUCGCUCGUAAUCGUACUGUUCCUGUCCGGCAUGGUGGCGAUGAUAAUGCUCCGAACGCUGCACAAGGACAUCGCACGGUAUAAUCAGAUGGAUUCCGGUGAGGAUGCACAGGAAGAGUUUGGCUGGAAGCUGGUGCACGGGGACGUGUUUCGGCCACCGCGCAAGGGCAUGCUGCUGUCCGUAUUCCUUGGCUCGGGUAUACAAGUGUUUUGCAUGACUUUAGUCACGCUCGCUUUCGCGUGUCUCGGAUUUCUUUCACCGGCCAAUCGUGGUGCUUUGAUGACGUGUGCUAUGGUACUGUUUGUGCUACUCGGCACACCGGCUGGUUAUGUUUCGGCUCGCAUCUACAAGAGCUUUGGCGGUAUCAAAUGGAAGAGCAAUGUGCUGCUGACCUCCAUGUUGUGCCCAGGCGUCGUGUUUGGGCUGUUUUUCGUGAUGAACUUGAUACUGUGGAGCAAAGGAAGUUCGGGUGCCGUUCCCUUUUCGACUCUGAUUGCGCUGCUUGCCCUUUGGUUCGGUGUUUCCGUUCCGCUUACGUUUGUUGGAGCGUACUUUGGUUUCCGGAAGAGGUCCUUGGAGCAUCCUGUGCGAACGAAUCAGAUUCCACGCCAGAUUCCGGAUCAAUCCAUCUACACCCAACCGAUCCCGGGCAUCAUUAUGGGCGGUGUGCUACCGUUUGGUUGUAUCUUCAUUCAGUUGUUCUUCAUCCUGAACUCACUGUGGUCAAGCCAGAUGUACUACAUGUUUGGCUUCCUGUUUCUGGUGUUCUUGAUCCUCGUGAUCACCUGCUCGGAGACGACGAUUCUGCUGUGCUACUUCCAUCUGUGUGCAGAAGACUAUCACUGGUGGUGGCGAUCGUUCCUAACGUCUGGAUUUACCGCCGUCUAUCUGUUCGUGUACUGCUGUCACUAUUUUGCCACGAAGCUACAGAUCGAAGAUGCUGCCUCGACUUUCCUGUACUUUGGCUACACGCUUAUCAUGGUGUUUUUGUUCUUCUUGCUAACUGGUUCGAUAGGGUUCUUUGCCUGCUUUUGGUUUAUCCGCAAAAUCUACAGCGUGGUAAAAGUGGAUUAA